AAUACGGCACAGCGCGUACCAGUGCAUACGGUACCAGUCGUAGAAUGCCUGCCAGCUGACUCCGGCGACUCGAUUUGCUCGUCAAUCCGUGUCGACUCAGGCUCAUGAAAAAUGUAAAGCACAAAAUGUAAAUUAUGCGGAAUGGCUACUAGAUAUAUUUGCUAGGCAGUGAAAAUUCGGGUCAGUAGACACGACAAAGACGAAAAAAAAUAAGUUUGGCGAGUAGUGGCAAAUCAUUUUGGAAAACGGUGCGAAAGGUGUCUAACUGACCCUUUGGUGAUAUGUUGGGAGCCGAACAAGCGGGUCUGAGUGCGGGAAAGCAUGCCUUAGCCUGGAUCUUGGGACAAGCUGACGUAUGGUACCUGCUGUACAGGUGCGCCCAUUUCGUUAGUAAAGGACAAGGACCACCCGCGCAGAGCAGCGUGUCCAUUUUGGAGGAUCUAUUCGCGCUGGAGGACGAACAGCAGCUUGUGGAUAACAGGGAGGAUUACUACCAGAAUUACGUGGUGCAUGAUCAGGAAGCAGAAACACUUAAUAAUGGCUCGCUUAGUCUAUCACCACCGCAUGUCAUUUCACAGAGGGAAAGUCUGCAGGUGAUGCAGCCUGCCAGUGCUCCAGGAUCACCACCUUCAAGCCCAUGUGUAUCUCCUGUUGGACCGCCAGGAACCCUGGACCCGAACUGGCAGGCUUCUAAACCCACUGUACGGGAAAGAAAUGCUGCUAUGUUCAACAACGAUCUAAUGGCAGACAUUCGAUUUAUUGUAGGAUCCCCUGGUGCUACACAAGUUAUCCCUGCACAUAAAUAUGUUCUUGCCACGGGCAGCUCGGUCUUCUUUGCUAUGUUUUAUGGUGGGCUAGCAGAAUGUAAAGAAGAGAUUGAAGUUCCGGAUGUGGAACCAUCAGCAUUCCUAACUUUACUUAAGUACCUGUACUGUGAUGAAAUUCAGUUGGAAGCAGACACAGUUUUAGCAACUCUUUAUGUAGCCAAAAAAUAUAUUGUACCUCAUUUAGCACGUGCUUGCGUAAAUUACCUUGAAACUAGCCUAACGGCAAAAAAUGCUUGCCUACUCUUAAGCCAAUCUAGACUGUUUGAAGAACCUGAGCUUAUGCAGCGUUGUUGGGAAGUUAUCGACGCUCAGGCCGAAAUGGCUCUGAAAUCGGAAGGUUUUGUAGACAUCGAUAUGUCCACUUUAGAGUCCGUGUUAGGUCGAGAGACGCUAAACUGCAAAGAGAUGAAUUUAUUAGAGGCCGCCCUAAAUUGGGCGACGGCUGAAUGUGGAAGGCGAGAAAUAGAACCAAGCCCUCAAAACAAAAGAGCUGUCCUCGGAAACGCUUUAUACCUCAUCAGAAUACCUACGAUGACUCUAGAGGAGUUCGCCAAUGGUGCAGCUCAGAUCGGAAUCUUGACGCAACAGGAAACGAUAGACAUAUUUUUUCACUUUACGGCAAACAAUAAACCAAAUCUGCAGUACCCUAUAAAACCCAGAGCCGGUUUAAAAUCUCAGGUUUGCCACAGAUUUCAGUCUUGCGCCUACAGGUCCAACCAAUGGAGGUACCGCGGUCGGUGUGACAGUAUCCAAUUUUCAGUGGACCGCAGAAUAUUUGUUGUGGGAUUUGGUUUGUAUGGCUCUUCUAACGGUGCGGCCGACUACAACGUGAAGAUUGAACUGAAACGCCUUGGUAGAGUUCUAGCGGAAAACAACACAAAAUUUUUCUCGGAUGGCUCGAGCAACACCUUUCACGUCUAUUUUGACAACCCUAUACAAAUUGAACCCGAAUCUUUCUAUACUGCUUCCGCAAUUCUCGAUGGGGGAGAACUGAGCUACUUCGGGCAGGAGGGCAUGAGCGAGGUGACCGUCGGUCAGGUGACAUUUCAGUUCCAGUGUUCCUCCGAGAGCACCAACGGGACGGGGGUCCAGGGUGGUCAGAUUCCGGAACUUAUAUUUUAUGGACCGUCCCACGACGAACACUAACUUGAAACGGCAAAGGUUCUUUUCCUUACUGCGUUACUUCUACAGACUGUUCUCCUUUAGUUCUUUUAAAGUGCUGUGAAUUUUUUAAUGAUACGUAGGUUAUUUACUUUUUUUUUUGUAUAUUUCUAUUUUAAUUCUUGGGGACGACGUAAACCAAAACUGAAUAUCUCCGUGAGACGUUGUGUUCAAGUCAAAGAUACAAAUUUUGUAUAGGCAGUUGUUAAAUAAUGUAUUUUGCAAAGGUAUAUAUUAUAUAAUCAAGUUUAAAUAAAUAUAUCCGCAACCGUUGGACUUUUCUCAAAAUUCGCCUACUUAAGCGUCCAUGCUAGCGUAAUCCUAUUUAUUUACUCUAAUAAAUAAAUAAAAAAA